AUGGGGUUAGAAAAGUUAUGAGAGAGCUGCAGACAAACUUCCCCUUGCAACAUGAAAUUUACAGCCUCGAUCCAGCAUCUCGUUUCACCUGCUGACUGAUCACUUCAUUUCUUAUUCAAAGACGUUUAUUUUCUUUCAUCAGUUUCAGAACUCCAGGAUGGUUCACCUGAGUGAUCGAGUGAUUCAUUGCAGCUUCAUCUUCCUCCCUUUCAUCUUCCUCCAGCUGUCUGCAGUUCAGUCUCCAUCUAUUCCUUCAUCUGAGACAAUAGUGGCAACAGUUCGCGAUGACGUCAUCUUGCCUUGUCACAGCCUACCUGCUCGUGGCACAAAAUUGGAGUGGUGGGCAGCAGGCACUAAACUCCUUGAGUGGCCUUUUAAUGUGGGAUAUCAUUAUCAAAAACAUCCAUUCUACAAUAGAACAUCACUGUUCGGUGACCGGCUGAAGUAUGGAGACUUUUCAAUGAAACUCUCCAACGUGACAACUUGUGAUGAGGGAACAUACAGCUGCUCACUUUCAACAAAGGGUCUAAUCUCUGUUGUUGAGCUUGUUGUUGGUGCUGUCCCCUCACGUGUCACAGUGGCUGUUGAAAGAACCAACUCUGGAGUGGUUUUACAGUGUGAGUCUAAAGGCUGGUAUCCAAAGCCUGAGGUGUUUUGGCUGGACGGUGAGGAAAACCUCCUCCCUGCUGGAUCUUCAGAGACACCCUGUGGUCCUGAUGGCCUCUAUGCUGUCAGCAGCAGGCUCACUGUGAAGAAGAGCAACAGCAACAUCUUCACUUGUAGAAUCCAACAGCAGAAAAUCAAGCAGACCAGAGAGACACAGAUCCGCAUUCCAGCUAAUUGCAACUUGGUCCUGACUGGUGGUCUCUCAACUGUUGUUGGAUCUUCAUCGUUGUUGUUGUUGCUGUUGUUGUUCUAAUCAUUUACAGAUUCAGAGCUAAUCCUACUUAAGAGAUUUUGUAUUUGCUAUCACAGUUAGUGCUGGUUGAUACAGUGUGGAUGAAGAGUAUUGCAAACAGUCUAAUGUUAGUGUAUUGUUUGUUUUGUGUAGUUUUUUCAUUGUUUUCCCGUUUUUAAAUGUGUAUGUGUUUUUUUUUCUUCCUCUUUUUUGUACUUAAUUUAUUCAUUAUAUCCUCUGGACUGGAAACUGAAAAUGAAUCGGUGUGUGCAUAUAGAGUAUUGCAAACAGUCUAGAAUAGUAUAAGUUUGUCUAUAUGUGUAUAUUUUUGUUUUAAAGAAACCCCAGUCCACAUAAAAGUGCAAUAUAAAACAGCAUUUCGUCUGUCAAAAGGUUAAUAAUAAUCACUGGAUUUAUGGAUCUUGAUUUUUGCUUAUUGUACACAACCUGGGAAUUAAGACUUUCUAAAUUCAGGGCCAAAUGUCUCCUGCCUAUACAAUAACCUCUUGUGCAACUUCUGAAAGGUAGUUCUUCGGCCAUUUCUAGUGGCCACCACCAUUAACUGCAAAAAGUGACAGUCUGGCAGAGAAUCUGAACAAGUCUGUUGAACCUCCAUGUUGUGUUGGAGAUGUUUCCAUCAUUUGUGUUCCCUUUCACAACUGACCAGCCUGAAGGUAGGCUUCAGCCUCUGGGCACCAUGGAUGUCUGCAGAGGUGUGAAGUGCUAUUUCUUUAACUUCCAGAUGAUGGGCGCAUGCGUACACGUGUGAACAUUAUGUAACCGCUGUAUGGUGGCAAGUUUACAUACUUUAGUCAACUAUAAGUGACCACACGAUCAAAUGUCAGACUGACUUUAUGAAUAGUUUCAUAAAGAGAAUAUUACGCGGCAGGCAGCCAAACAUCUAGCUAAGUAGAAUUAGGCGAUACCAUGGCUGUAGUAGGUCGUAAUUAGCAUUAAGCAAUAACUUACAGGUGAAUGAACACAAGUAGUUUGUAUUUUUAAUGAUUUCAUUUACUUACUUGUGCC